UAAUUGAACGCAUCGUGGUAGUCAAUAGAACUACAAGUCCCUUGUGCCCUUGCUCUGCACUCGUCAGGAGUAGUUUCCUGCUCAGUUUUGGUUUUGAACAGCAGUGCGAGUGGGAACGUGUUCCUGGACUGGAUUCAAUCGUCACAGCAUUGUUGUGGUGUCCCGAUGGCGACAGAUAGCGUUGAAGAGUUGGUCGCUUCAUUGGCCAAAACAGGAGUGGUGGAUGGAGAGCUGAGUUACAAAGGUCAGGGGAGGAAACUGGACGAUGCCAAGUCAGUGGAUGAGAUUGUGAAGGAGAUCCAGGACUUUGAGGGUUUAGAAGCUCUGAGGCUGGAGGGAAACACUGUUGGCGUUGAAGCUGCACAAGCCAUCGCCAAAGCCCUGGAGAGCAAGAAUGAUCUGAAGUGCUGUUAUUGGAGUGACAUGUUUACUGGCCGUAUGCGUUCUGAGAUUCCCCCCGCUUUGAAUUCUCUGGGUGAUGCUGUGAUGCUGGCUGGAGCCAGGCUGACUGUUCUAGACCUCAGCGACAACGCAUUUGGCCCGGAUGGUGUCAAAGGCAUCGAAAAGCUGCUUAAGAGCACUUCCUGCUACACAUUACAGGAGUUACGCCUCAACAACUGUGGCAUGGGCAUCGGGGGUGGCAAGAUUUUAGCGGCUUCCUUGAAGCUUUGUCAUCAAAAAUCCAGUGCAGAGGGAACCCCGCUCAGCCUGAAGGUGUUUGUUGCGGGGAGGAACCGCCUGGAGAACGAUGGAACAGCCGCCCUCGCCCAAGCCUUCCAGUUGAUCGGCACCCUGGAGGAAGUUCACAUGCCCCAGAAUGGCAUCAACCACCCCGGUGUGACGGCUCUGGCCUCAGCCAUGCAGCACAACCCAGAACUUCGAAUCCUCAACCUCAAUGACAACACUUUCACAGAGAAGGGAGCGUUCGCCAUGGCUCAGGCCUUGAAACAUCUCCGCAGCAUUCAGGUGAUCAACUUUGGAGACUGCUUGGUUCGACCAGCAGGCGCUAAAGCCAUCGCAGAAGCCGUAGCUGAAGGGCUGCCCGCCCUGAAGGAGCUCAAUCUGUCCUUUGGUGAAAUCACAGAGGAAGCGGCUCUGGCUGUGGCUCACGCCGUUAGAGACAAAGAGCAGCUGCAGAAGCUGGAUCUGAAUGGGAAUUCCCUGGGGGAGGACGGCUGUAAAGCCCUGAAAGAUGCAAUGGAAGGCAUGGAUAUGGGAAAUCUUCUCGGCUCACUCAGUGAUGAUGAAGGUGAGCCAGAAGAUGAUGACGACGACGAUGAUGAUGAUGAUGACGACGAUGAAGAUGAAGAGGAAGAAAUAGAUGAGGAGGAGCUAGAGGAGGAAGAGGAAGAAGAGGAGGAAGAGGAAAGCCAAGCAAAUAAGGUUUCCACUCCCGUGUCAGCGCCCCGACCUCCAGACGUGUCCUCCUUCCUCACUUUCCCCUCCCCUGACAAGCUGCUUAAACUGGGCGCCAAGAGAGCUUUGCUGGUCCAGCAGCAGGUGGACACAACAGACACCACAAAAACUGCCGAAGCUUUCCUUAAGAUCGCAUCCGUGUACAAAGAGGAGAAUAAUGAUGUGAAGAAUGCAGUUUUGGACACAAUCGAUGCUCUUCUAAGUAAAGCUUUCAACACCACCUCCUUCCAAGGCUGCAGCUUUGUUUCAGCUUUGCUGGUUCUGCUCGGCCUCAUCAAGAGUGAGGACAAAGUGAAGCCUGUGCUGGUGGUUCCCGGUCACCUCCACGCCAUAGAGCAUGCAGUCCGCCAGGACUAUUUUCCCAAAGAGAGCGUGGCCGUCCUGAAGGCCUUCAUGUCCCGGUAAGGACAUCUUGAAUGAGCCGUUCAGCAGUCGGCUUACAGGAGCAGUAAGACCUUGGAGUCGUGUGGAAAUGCUAAAAACCUGCUCCAGUCGACGCUUCAGAGAAUUGGAUCUCAGAGCUGAGGCGCAUCCUCACACAUGGACUGAUCUUAUAUCACUCAUGGACCUUUGGAAAGCAGCUCCACUUCCAUAAUGAGGCACUACUCAGGCUUUUUGGACUUGAACACAUUGUGUUUGAAGUGAAAUACACUCUUGUAAAUCCACAGGACGGACAAUCACCGGCCUCUCCUUUCAAAUCUCCCAGUUAGUGACAUCAAACUGGAAACGAUCAAUUCUCCUGUGGCGUUUGUUGUGUUUUCUUCUUUGCAUUUAGAUUGUUUUUUAUAUUUGAACAAAACUAUAUGAACCCCCUAAUGUGGUCAAAUCCUAAUAUUGAUGCAUAUUUACUGCAGUGUUUUAUGCUUUGUCGUGAUGAAAAAUAAACAUUUAUUUGUUAUAUGAA